GUCAACUUUAUUUAGAUCGAUCAUCGAUGGUGUGUUCUGCAGACAAGUCGUUUUUCUUUAACAAGUGAUAAGAUCAACCAAAUUAAAAAUUAGUACGAAUUAGAUCGUACGAACGAGAUCAACAUUCUUAACUGAACGUAACAUAAAAACAACACCAUGGGCAACGAAAAUUCAAUUCCUAUGGAGCUCUGUUCAAACUCACGUGUUAACUGCAUUGAUUUUAAGGUGGAGAACUUCGACGCGGACGAGAUCCGGCGGCUGGGCAAGCGCUUCCGGAAGCUCGACCUCGACAACUCGGGCGCGCUGUCCAUCGACGAGUUCAUGUCGCUGCCGGAGCUGCAGCAGAACCCGCUCGUGCAGCGCGUCAUUGACAUCUUCGACGCCGACGGCAAUGGCGAGGUGGAUUUCAAGGAGUUCAUUCAAGGAGUGUCGCAGUUCAGUGUGAAGGGCGACAAGCUGUCGAAGCUGCGGUUCGCGUUUCGGAUCUACGACAUGGACAACGAUGGCUUCAUCUCUAACGGCGAACUCUUUCAGGUUCUUAAAAUGAUGGUAGGCAACAACUUGAAGGACACCCAACUCCAGCAGAUCGUGGAUAAAACGAUCCUCUUCGCCGACAAAGACGAGGACGGCAAGAUCUCCUUCGAGGAGUUCUGCAACGUGGUGGGCAACACGGACAUACACAAGAAAAUGGUCGUCGACGUGUAGACGAGCUCUCCGUCUCCACCGUUUCUCGAGAAGUUUCUUGCCACGAUAUUUUACUUCCAUUGAACUUUCAGGGUCGUCUAUCGAAAGCCCCGGGGCGGCCGGUCGCUCUCGAGAGCCCGUGGAGGCCGACGCCACUCUUUCGCAUUCGUCCUCGGCUCCUCUUCGCUCUAGCUAGAACACUAUUCAAAUUGUGCGCCUGUCGCCCCUAAGUCGACGUUCUGUCGUCAACGGCGUGUUUGGUGGGACGUGGCUGUUCUCGCGUAACGGCUUGGCAUAGUGACGCCACCUUCCGUUUUGGUUCCCGUCUCGUCGACAUAGUUUCACCGCGCGCUAAAAUAACUAUGGCGAACCUUUUUAUUUAAUGUUUCGCGUGAUACAGAUUCAGAUUCGGUAUAUUAAUUUAUUCAUAUUCGGGUCAGACCACACCCGAUGAUGUAAAUGAACUAAUCACUGGAACAUGCGGGCUUGUAAUAUUGAGUACAAAUCCGCGACGUAGGGGCGACCGAGGCGCCUCAAAUCUAUCAUAAUAUAUCAUCAAACAUUACUAACUAAAUAUAAGACAUACAUAUAUUUACUUCAUAUUAUAGAUAUACAUCGUUAGAGAAACUUUUAUCGUAGUCAAAUAAAUGGAUUUUUUUAUUAUUUUGUUGCAGUAAUAUUAAUUCGUAUUGUUAUUUAGUAUUUUAUGUUACGUUAGGUAUCGGUUUCAAUGCAGUCGGUGUUUGUCGGUAUAGCCUAGCCUCGGUCGGUAGAGCCCGGCUCGGUCGGUAGAGCCCGGCUCGGUCGGUAGAGCCCGGCUCGGUCGGUAGAGCCCGGCUCGGUCGGUAGAGCCCGGCUCGGUCGGUAGAGUCCGGAGCCGUCUGCGGGCGAGUGCUGUUCCGGAACUCUGAAUACACGACAUUUUGUAAACGCACAACAGUCGCUCCGGUCCCGCCAGACGCUCCAACUUCGAGGUUAGUGCUCAUUUUUAUGCGCAGAUUUUUUUACUUAAUUCAUUUAAUAAUAGUUAAAUAUAUUUAAAUAAACUAUACGUCGUUCUUUAAAAGCGUCAAUAUUUAUAACAAUAUUAAAAUAAAUAUAAAUCGAAUAACAUCUCCGCUUAUUAAAAACGAUAUUACGAUACAAUUAAAUUAUCUUUUAACUUUGUCCGAAUUUAAUAAAAAUAAAUUAAGAAUAAACCGUAAUAUUAGCUAAUGUUAUUUAUACCGUGACGGGACCCUCGAGCGUCCUCGACCUGUCGGAUCCCCUCGCCGACCCCGGACACACCGGCCGGCAGCGGCCGAGGCGAUCUCGCCUGUUUCCGUAUCCGUCCUGAAGACAAAACCACCCCCCCCCGCCUCACCCUCAGCCCCCGUGCCAUACCUCGUGUUACCGAUAUGAUUACUGUGUAUAACGAUAUUAUUUGUCUACGUGGUACCACGGAAACCAGCCCAGUAUGGAACUUACUUGUACGAGUUAUGAGAUGACACAGACGACUUCGAGAGUCGGAUUGGGAGUUCUAACAAGUAUUGUGUAUUUUUUGUUAUAUUAACAUUGUGUGUAUAAAUAGCUCGACUCUAGAGGAAUAAUUGUAUACAAAAUAAUAUAAUAUAAUAAUUUCCUUAAAUCGUACACUAUCAUAGCUCCUGCGUAGUCCCGCCUGUCUGCCGGUCGGUGGGACGUCCGAGGCGUCGGCGCAGCUCACGGCAGGAAGUCAUCUCGUAAUACAUAUUACUACAUUCAAUUUCCGUAUAGUAAGCGAUAGGUCGUAAAUACAAUUUUUAAAUAUUUUCUUCUACCGAUCAUUGGAAUGUCAAGACUCGUAUGUCAAAGGUUUGAAUUAAAUUAUGGAUUGUCUCCGCUAGCUGUGUUACCUUAUAGAAUACUUAAGGCGCCGCCGGCCGGUCGUCAGUCGUAGCGAGCGCACGUGAAUCUUAAACAUCUAGUCACCUUUGUUGUGAAUUAUAUUAUAUAUGUAAUGUUUACGCACGUGUACCUACUUAAUCUGCUCCAAAACAAAUUGCGUUUUGUUUCCGAUUAUGACGAUAUGUUCAAAAAUAUAAAAAAAACAUUAUUUCGAAACCAGCCGAGAAGUACAAACAUUUUGAUCUGAUUUUGACUACUCUGUCUUCACUCGAUCAACGAUGAGGCUGGAUUAUUUUAACUUCAUACGAACGUUUAAAUUAUGUUUGCAAUUCAAGAAUAUAGAAUAAAAAUUAUAGCUAUAACGUUAAAGCCUUAUCUCGGGGAACGGCGACAUUAUACACUCGACACGAGUAUUGCUUUCGUGACCAUUAUUAUAAUUGUCGCUUUAAAGAGAAACCAACGACACAAUGGCUGUCAGCGAGUUAUGUAAUAAAACAUAAUUACUAUAAUAAGUUGUAAAGGUGAGCCGAGGUCGCAUUGGAGUUAUUUGAAAAUAUGUAAUGGGAACAUAAUAUGUCGUUAUAAUUUUAUGCAAAUAAUGAAAGCAACGUAAAGUUUAUGCAGUUUUUUUUAAUGACGUCAUUGUGUAUUUCGGUUAGCGGUUUAACUCUUGACGGAAAUAAUCUCGCGUGUUGUCGUGUAUUUGAAUCACUUUCUCAAUGUCGUCGUUCCCGGUACAGCGACUGUACGCUGUACGCCCUUAGGAUAUGAACAUGUUAUACUGUAGUCGAUGUUGUGUCGUCUGCUCAUCUCCACCAGUAGGUAGCGUGUCCUAAUAAGUCUGUUCUCGAUUGGAACUGAUUAUAAGUUUUAAUAAAUUUUCAAAUUUCCUUAAGACUUUUUAUAUUCCUCCUCUUUUUUACAGUUAAUGUAAUUUAUAUAUUAAUUCUUAAUUGUCUAUGGAAGAAAUUUUAUUUAGACAAGUUUCAAUAUUGUUUGAAUUAUAAUAAAUAGUUUUUAAAAUUCAUAA